CGGGGGGAGGCGGGGUUUCCCAAGUCAGCCGCCGCUGCACAUCCGGAUUGAGCCUAAGCAGCCUCUCUUGAUUCCCGCAAUACAGAGGGAGAGAGAGAAAGGAGGAGGAGGACUCCCCCCAUUCUGCCGGCUCCAUAUUCCGACCCGCAGGUUGAUUGGACUAGUGAACUUCUGAGAAGACAUUUUCCACCAUGGAGCCCUGGGUGUACCUGGACCCACGUCAGAGGGCUUUGUAUCGAGAUGUCAUGCAGGAGAGCUAUGAGACAUUGAUGUCUCUCGCAGCUGAUAAAUUACUGAACAGCAAUAACAAUGAUGAGGAUGAUGAUGAUGAUGAUGACGAUGAUGAAGAGGAGGAGGAGGAAGAUGAAGGCCCCGAGGAGCUGCGCCCGGGUACAUCUCAAAGCACCCCCAGGAGGGUGAAGGCCUUGCCUCGCCGGGUCACUCCUCAGCCACAGAAGAUCGUCCCAGUGGUGAAGAAGGACAAGGCCACCCAGCGUGGCCAUGCUCUGAAGAAAAGCUUGGAGAGCCGCUGCUCGGAUUGUACGAGGGUCCUGCACACCACCAGCCGGGGCCGUCAGCGGAGUGAAGCCAAUGCUGCCCGGGAGAAACCCUUCCAGUGCACGGAUUGUGGGAAGAGCUUCAUUUGGAGCUCGCAUCUGGAGCGCCACCGGCGGAUGCACACGGGGGAGAAGCCCUUCAAAUGCCUCAACUGCGGCGAGGCCUACAGCCAAAACUUCCAUCUCCUCCAGCACCGCUGCUCCCAGCUCAUUGAGAAGCCCUUCAAGUGCGCUGAGUGUGGAAAGCGUUUUGCUCAGAGCUCUGCCUUGGAGAACCACCAGAAGGGCCACACGGCUAUCAAGCGCCACAAGUGCAACGAUUGCGGCAAGUGUUUCAUUUGGGCUUCCCACCUGGAGAGGCACCGACGAGUCCAUACCGGCGAGCGGCCCUUCAAGUGCCCCGAGUGUGGCGAGACCUACAGCCAAAGUGCCCACCUGGCCAAACAUCGGCGGAACCACAUGGGCGAGCGACCUUACAACUGUCCAGCCUGCUGGCGAAGCUUUGCUCUGAUUUCAGAGCUGGAGGAGCACAAGAAAACUCACCUGGGUUGCGAGGAUUGUGGGAAGGUCUUCCGGAGCCGGCAAACGCUGAUGCGGCACCAGCGAGGCCACCGCCGGGAGCGCACCCACCUCUGCGAAGAGUGCGGUAAAGGGUUUGUGUGGGCCUCUCACCUGGAACGCCACCGCCGGGUCCAUACCGGAGAGCGCCCUUUCCCCUGCCCCACCUGCGGGGAGAAGUUUGCUCAGAAGGUCCACCUCCUCCAGCACAACAAGACCCACUCGCACACACGGCCCUACAAAUGCGGGGACUGUGACAAGCGCUUCGGGGACAGCUCAGCAUUUCUUGCCCACCAGCGGGGCCACGCCAUGGAAAAGAACCACAAGUGCCAGUACUGUGGCAAGAGCUUCGCCUGGAGCUCCCACCUGGAGAGGCACCUGAGGAUCCACACUGGAGAGAAGCCCUAUAAAUGCCCCGACUGCCCUGAGCACUUUAGCCAGACCUCCCAGCUCUUCAAGCAUCAGCGAAGCCACCUGGGCAAGAGGCCCUACAAGUGCAACGAAUGUGGGCGUUGCUUUGGCACCACCUUGGAAGUCAUCAUUCACCAGCGGACCCAUUUUGGGACCAAGCCCUACCGCUGUUCCAACUGCGGCAAAGGCUUCACCCGCCGGGCCAAUCUCCUCAAGCAUCAGAGGAGCCAUGGAAAAGAGUGCACUUAAAGAACUUUGGCGCUGGGCCCCAAAGCAGGUGCAUGGAGAGCACCUGGAGCCCCCUUGACCAGACAGUCUUGAACCCCUCCCUUCAAGAGAAACCCCUUCUUCUGUAUGGUCCAAUUAUGGGGAGACUCCUCUGUGUUUGGUCCCGCUCUUGCGACAGCACCAAAUUAACUUGCAAAUGGUCGAGGGAUAUUUCAGAAGCAAAAAUACGCACAGUUAACCAAUGCGGAGCUCAUUGAAAAUGCCUUGAUGGAGAGGUGCGGCUGACAUCAGCCUUUUUCUUUUCUGUUUUUCUUUUUUGGCGUAUAGAAGACCAAUUGAGUUUUUAAAAAAGCAACAUGUGCUUCUGGGGAAUGGACCUUGGUGUAGAAUCCAUAUGGAUGUCCGAGUAGCAAUUUGUUUGAACACUGUACAUAGAACUAUACCCCAGUUUGGGGGAAACGAAAGAAGCUUUAGUGGCUGUUCAUCCCUAUUUUGCAGAUCAGAAACCUUGCUUGAGAUAGACCAACUCCCUUCUCAUUUCCCCCUUUAUACUUCUGAACUCUGGAUAUCAAAGCUUUAACAAACGCCACGGAUCAACCUCCAGACCUUAAAUGCCUGACAGGUGGACGGUGAGACUUGAGAAUCCACAUGGAGGUGGAAAAAGGAAACUUCAACCAAUCCCUUGAAUGUGGUGAAAAAGCUUUAUGGAGUGAUUCAGCUCAGAAAAUCAUAAUGGCUGGAAGCCCGUAACAAAUGUUUUUGCGAGGCAGGCCAGUAAUGCCGUGUUCGUACCUGAAUACCCAGAGAUUGUCUUCAUGUGAAAUGACAGCAUUAGCUAAAUGAACGGCAUUAUCUAGACAAACUGUGGGGUUUCCUGAUUAUUGUUUUAUGAAUAAUGAAGCCCUAGUUGAUGUCUGACCAAUCUUGGAAUCCCAACUGCUCUUUUUUUCCCUGCUCACAAUGGGAGUUACAAGGAAAAUACUUCCAGUGACAGAAAUGUCCUGGAGAUUUUUUUUUUUGGACCAUGAACUUGAUGGAGAUUUUUUGUUGCCUUCCACUUUGCAAACUGGGAGAAGAAUGAUGGAGCUUAGGUGCCACUGACUGCGAGGGCUUGUCUCUGGUGCUCUUAAAAAUAUCUUAGUGUUUUGGUCACGGGGGUGAAAAGAUGUGUGACUGGGUUUGGGAAAGCAAAGAAUAGCUGGUGGAGGGAAGAAGAUGCCAAAGGACGAUUGCCGCAUAUGGGGGUACAAACCCCAUAAGGGGCUAAGGGGGAAUUCAGCUUGGAUAAAUGGGGAAUUGUUUCUGAAUUUGAAUUCAGAACUACUACCAAACUCAGUUUAGGGAGCUGUGUAACUGCCUAUUUGAAUUUCUUCCCUUCUUUUAGAUUUCUUACUUAUUAGAUUGCAUUUCUGAUAGUCCAAAUUGGCCUUUUCUUACCCUGGAAUAAGGCUUGCGUUUUGUAAAAAAGGAAAAAGGUGGAGGUAAAUUCGUAGAAAAAAAAGUCACGUAUUUGAAGGUCUGGGAUAGAUCAACCCUCAUGAAGAAGGUAUUGCUUGAGUUUCAUCUGGAAUAAAAAAAAUAAAUUUAGAAAUGCAACAAAAAGAGAGCAAUAUGUUGUCCCCCUGGGAUGGAAAGAAAAAAAAAAUCACUAUGCUACAAUGCAGGGCUAACCCCAGGAUGCAGUAAACAACUCAUCUGAGUGUGUGCGUGUAUACAGAAACCUGUGGGGGAGAAGCAAAAGAGGCUUUGCUGAAAAUCCAGUACAGCUAACAGUGGGAUUUUUGCACAGGUGAAUGAAUUAGGGAUUGAGACUGAGCAUUGUAGAACACUCAUCGGCUUUUGGGGAGAAUAACUGGAUUUAUGUAUGUGUGGAGUGAGGGAAAGAUAGUCUUAGAAAUUUGUCUUUAUGUUCAGUUGCAAUAGAUAUCCAGGCCCCUGAAACCAUGGGACUUAGUGGAAGUCUACUAAUGGGUAGUGGACUUCCGCAAUCUGAUGGGUAGAUCAGUGGUUCUCAACCUGUGGAUCCCCAGGUGUUUUGGUCUACAACUCCCAGAAAUCAAAGCCAGUUAGGAUUUCUGGGAGUUGAAGGCCAAAACAUCCAGGGACCCACAGGUUGAGAACCACUGGGGUAGAUUACUUUUGUGGGGAAGUCAACUUCCAGACCCUUCAGCCUUUAAGGCCAUGAGGCUUGGAGUUGUGAUCCAAAAAAAAUAAUCUUGACCCAGCUGUGUGAGACUUUGAAGAGGAGUGGCUUUUCCCCUUGCUGUUUGCCGAGGGAAGUUGUUUCACCUGAUGGCUGUGCCUCCCUCGCAUACUGCUUUCCAUCACCUACCUCAGAGGAAAGGCUGCAAAAGAUGCAUACCAAGGAAUCCCUGGCAAUGGCUAAGAGACACAUUGGCAUUGGUGAUCCUGCAAAAUAUACUGUGCCAGUCCAGCACAAUGCUGUUAAGCUUCCCAGGCCCUCUGGACACAGAAAGGAAAUGGAUCGUUGUGGAGGUUACCCCGAAUUAGGUCCCUUGCUUCUGUUACCGUAUGCUGACUUCUUUUUUCUUAUGUUGACCUAUACCUCCCAGCCAGCUCCUUAUUGCUAUUCUGCCCCUUAUUUACUUUCAAUCUGUUUUUUUUGGGGGGGGGGAUAUUAUUUGUUUGCCACAAUGUGCUCCCAUUAAUUUCCCCCCUUACCCUAUUUUCUUUCACCUUUUUGUUUUCAUCCAAAGCAUGCAAGCAUCUUUUUUUGUCGUCAUUGUUUAGUGCCCUUCUCCUCCCUUUCUUCUCAGAACUGACAUAUAGAGGAAUAAAAAAAGUCUAAGCUCUGAUUUCUUUGUUGUUGGUUAGGAAUAAUAAAGUUUUAAAAAUUUAGCUGAUGAAA